GCUAGCAGCACGAUGGAUGUGAAUUUUCACUUCAUGCCUUUGGUGCAUGCACCGCAGCAGCUGCAUGACAAAGGGGGCCACGGGGGACGAUGGAAGAGAUGGGGGGAUGGCAAGGGAAGUCAGUGGACACAUCAAGAGAAGUGGCAGAGAACCGAUAAAGGUAAGGGUGGAGGAAAGCCUGCUUUCAAGGGCAAGGACGAUGGUAAAGGGAAAGGGAACAGUUCGAAGACGCCCUUUAUCAACAUGUCUUUGGACUAUCGGAGUAGCAGGAACACCACGCCCAUGCCAGCUGGCCUUCGUGGUGGUGUGCCGGCUGACGAUAACGGAGAGGCCAUUUGCUUUGGCUUUGGACUGGGGCAAUGUAAGGAGGUAGCGGACAGUGCGCAUCAAGAUGCUCCCAAUCGUGAGAGCACGUUAGGAGCCUCAGAGGUUUUGGACAAUUUUCGCGAGACCUCAGUGGUCUUGCCACUUCAGAGUACACAGGACUCUGAGACAAUUUUGAAGCAUCAGGAGGAACAAUGUGCUGAGCCUCUCGUCAAGAAAGCACAGGCUAAGGAUCACGGAAGCUCCCAGGAGCAACAGCAACAACAGGCCAACACAAGCGACGGAUGCGCUGUACCUCCCUUAGAACAAGGGUCGGCUAGCCGCGCUCCGGAGACGGCACCGGAGUUGCCGGACUCUCCCCAGGCAACGGAGGAGAGCGGAAAUCAGAGUGCAGAGACACGACGGCCACAGUUUUUGCAGGGAUGUUGGAUUCUGGAGAUCUUUGCCGGGACUGCAGCAAUGGUGGCGGCUGCUGCAGCCGAGGGCCUUAGCCGCUCAGUUGGGAUCGAUCAUGUUAGGUUAGCCUCCAGAAGAGGCAAGGUCAUUCAACUUGAUUUGCUGCUGCCAUCUCACCGUCAGUUGCUUUGGAAAUGGCUACGGGCCCCAGGGCUAGUGGCGGUUUGGCUGGCGCCUCCGUGCGGCACGGCCAGCAGAGCACGCGAAAUACCACUCCGCAGAGAUUCCGAACCACGACCGCUGAGGACUUCAGAAAACCCAGCAGGCAGGCCUGACUUGAGCCCCGACGAGGCCGACCGGGUUGGGAAGGCUAACAGUCUGUAUCGCAUAACUGCUGAGAUUUGGAGCUUUUGCCUGCAACAUGACAUUCUUGUGGUCAUUGAGAAUCCAUACCGCAGCUUCUUCUGGCACCUUCCGGAAAUUACAUCCAUUUUGCAGGACGACAGAGCAGUGCUCGUUCGCUGCGACUUCUGCAUGUUUGGGGGUAAACGUCUUAAAAAGACUGCGUUGCUGGCAAACGAUCAGAUCAUACAUGCUCUAGCCGUGCAGUGUGAUGGUCAACAUGAACACCUGCCUUGGGGGGUAGUUGAUGGAGAGUUCGCUACAAAGCAAGAGACUGCCUAUACCAAUGUGUUCUGCAGGACUUUCAUGCUAGCACUCACGAGGCAUCUGCGGGAACGCGGAUUCAAAGAUGAGAGAGAGGUCCAGAGCUGCCUCGGGCAAGCAACUGCGACGGCCAAAGUACUGACCACCAAGGCACACACCAAAAGAGCGGCAUCCUUCAGGAUGUUGCCGGAAUUCAAACAGACGCUGCGGUGGACAGUGUCGCGAGCUCAAAGAGAGCAGGUCUACAGGCCAACGUGGAUGCCAGUGGAUCGGAUCCCGGGGUUGAAAGUUCAGACAGUGGGAGAGAUCAAAGUGUCUCCCGUCUCAGGGAGUCCUACGGACGUUUGGCUGGAUGUGUGUUGGUCUCCUCAGGAGUUCGUUCUGCAGGCCCGAAAGGCAGGACACCCAUCCCACAUGCACCUUGGCAUCCCACCUGCAUUGAAGCAGGCCAUAGACAAGAUUGCUAGGCUCAGCUCUUCAGAACUGGCCAAGAUCAGGGCAUCACAGUCGCGUAGAUGGCUUGCGCGUGCAUCGCAGCUCCAAGAAGCAGAACAAAAGUUCAAGGAGUCCUUGCCCCUGCACAUUCAACAGAGUCUACAGAACAAGCGAGUCCUGCUGUUUAAGGAAAUGCUUGAGGCGUCGCAUUAUCCUGAUAAGGCGGUCGCUGACGAUCUAGCACGGGGAUUCAGCCUCGUAGGCCACUUGGCACUACCAGAAGGUUGGACCCCAGACUUCAGACCUGCUACUCUCAGUCUUGAGGACCUGGUCGAAUUGACACAGGAAUCCAACGAGCAGGUUGUCAAGGAGGUGGCGGCCUCUACCUCAUUCACGGAGGAGCUUUGGCAGAAGAGCAUGGAGGAGGUGGACAAGGGAUGGUCCGAAGGACCUUUCAGCCUAGACCAGGCUCCCGAAGGGGCGAUAUUCAGCAAGCGGUUCGCAAUUCAACAAGGCAAGAAGGUCAGGCCGAUCGAUGACCUCUCCCAGUCCUUUCUCAACGCAUGUUUUGGAUCCGAAGGUAAGAUUGAGCUGCAUGAUGCAGAAACAAUCACGGCGGCCAUCCUCAUGUUCAUGCGGAGGAGUGAUGCAGACCUGGUCGGAAAGACCAUUGACUUGAAGUCGGCCUACCGACAACUCCCGCUGUCGACUGAGGCCCUCAGAAUGUCCUUCGUCGCGGUAAAGUGUCCUCGGACAGGACAGGUCAUGCUGUUUAGGUUGCUCUGCCUGCCCUUCGGGGCUGUAGCAGCUGUACACUCCUUUAUCAGGAUCAGCCUAGCUCUGUGUCAUUUGGGACACUUCUUUUGGCUUUUGCCGUGGUCAAGUUUUUACGAUGACUACACUUUGCUUUCGACCUCAACGGCAGCCCAGUCCAGCGAUCGCAGUGCUUCCUUUUUGUUGGACCUGUUGGGUUUCGACUUUGAUAGGGACGGUGACAAGGCACAGCCGUUCAAGAGCCACUUCAGGGCAUUGGGCGUGGAAUUCAACUUGGCUGCAGAAGGUCACAAGACCUUUCAGGUCGGGAACACGAAGGAGAGGACCGACGAGUUGAUCAAGGACUUGGCAGAGCUUGCAACCUCGGGAAAAAUUUGGCCCAAAACAUGGAAUCGUCUUAGGGGACGCCUACACUUCGUCUCCAGCCAAUUGACGGGCCGGGUGCCCAAGAGACUCAUGCGGAGGAUCUCUGAAUACGCUUCGGCGCCCAGGCACGAAAAGGGACAGCACCAAUCUGCCCUUCGCAAUUGCCUGCUUCAACUUCAGGACUAUAUUUCUGAGGCCAGACCCAGGACCCUGAGAGCCUUCUCGUCUGAGACCGUGUACCUUUUCACGGAUGCUUCGCAGGAAGGAGAGGCAGGCUUGCACAUGGGACUCGGAGCCGUGCUCUUCAACCAGCAAGGGAACAUUCUGGCUUGGUUCGGCAUCUCUUUGCCUCAGGAGCCGGCUGAGGUGCUGGUGGCCGGCAAACAGAAAGUCAUAAACGAGUUGGAAAGUUUGGCGGUGCUUUUGUCCUUCGUCCUCUGCGAGGCAUUCAUCAAAGAGCGCCACAUCAUGUGUUACCUGGACAAUGAGGCCGCACGGGUAACCUUGCUCAAGAUGACGAGCGACUCGGAGACCCUCAGCCUCUUGGCCCACACUUGUGCGCUGUUGGAAGAAGCAAUGGGCAUGUUCACAUUUUACGGGCGGGUGCCUAGCAAAUCUAAUGUAGCUGACGCCCCGUCUCGUUUGGACUUCCGUGGCCUUCCACCUGACAAGAGGAUAAGAGAUGAUGAGGUCCUGGCUCAAGUGCGAGCCAUUGUUGUCAACCUGCAGCAAUCCCUGAGCCAAGGGAACUGUUGA